AUGAUGCACAAGCAUUGUUUUGAGGCUUUGGAUCGAACAAUGAGAGAUGUAUUGCACUUUGUGAAUGAAGAUAGUGCUAAUAGGACAUUUGGAGGGAAAAUUUUGGUAUUUGGUGGUGACUUUAGGACAAUUUUACCAGUGGUGCCAAAAGGAUCAAGACAAGACAUUGUCUCUGCAGUUAUAAAUUCAUCAUACCUUUGGAGUCAUUGUGAUGGUACUAUUGGAGAAGAUAAUGAUGGUUACGCUGAGGUUGAUAUCCCAUAUGAAAUGUUGUUGAAAUCAAAUUGUGAUCUUAUUGCAACUAUUGUUCAGAGUACGUUCCCCAACUUCACUGGUGGCGUAAUUGAUGGUAGUUGCUUUCAUAGCAGUGCAGUUCUAGCACCAACAUUAGAAGUGGUGAAUGAAGUUAAUCAAUAUUUGUUUGACUUGACUAUAGGGGAAGGAAAGAGAUAUUAUAGUUCUAACACUGCGUGUAAAGCAUAUGGUUCGAAUACAGUUGGGUCACCUGUAAUGUUAAUGAGAAACAUUGAUCACACUCUUGGACUAUGCAAUGGUACUAGGUUGGUUGUAACGAGAUUAACUGAACAUGUUGUUGAAGGAAACAUAUUGACAAGACCAAAUGCGAGAACAAAGGUUUUGAUUGCUAGAAUGACAAUAAUGCCAUCCGACACAAGAUUGCCUUUCAAGUUCAAUAGGAGACAGUUUACUCUCAUGUUGUCAUAUGCAAUGACUAUCAACAAAAGUCAAGCGCAAACAUUGUCAAAUGUUGGGUUGAUCCUACGGAAAUAA